AUGGAAAACAUCUAAGAUCAGAUAAAGGAAUUAGCUAAGGAUAUUUUAAUUAUAUUCAAAAUUUCACCUGAAUUCACAGACUAAUUAAAUUAGCCAAUUGACAAAAUUUUGCUAAUUAGUGAGAAAUUUGCGAGGCUAGACAUGCAAAUAGAUCUAGUUAAGUCGGAGGAAUUGUUGAAGUUUAUUGAUACCAUGCAAAAGAAGCUAGAAUUCAAAUUCCUUUUAGGCAAGAAGAAACAUAAAACUAUAAUCAUUCCUGAGGAAAUGCAAGUCAAAUAUUUGUCCUCUUGGCUAAAUUAAAAUCUUGAUUACUUCCAAAAAAACAGUCUUAGAAUAUAAAAGUAGCUAAUUUCAAGAAAUAUACUGUUGGCCACUAAUGUAAAUAGAUAUCAGAAUGGUAUAGAGAAUAAAAAUCAUCUAUAUGGCAGUAAACAAGAACUUCAAGGUUCACCAAAUCAAAAUAGAUCCCUUGAAAAUUCAUUAGAGUCACUCAGAAUAGAUUAACCUCCCCGCCAUCUUGUCAAAUAAAAUAACAGAGUUGAACUGAAGAAAUUUAACGAAAACAAUUUGCUUGAGCAGGAUAGACAAAAAGAAGCUUUCAACAGGCCUAACUACAAUUCUUAUACCUCUCCAAAAAGACUAAUUAAAGAAUCUUUAUCUUAUCUUGAUACCGAUGUUAAACAAGAAUAAGACAAUCAAUAAGAUCAAGAUGUUGCAAAUUUAAUGAAUAAGACAUUUUAUACAUAGGGAGAUGAUAAUGAUGAUAGUCCAAAAAAUGGCCAUGAUAAAGAUAAAAAUGAAGAGAAUUAUCAAAUAAGAUAGAGCCAGGUUAAUAACUCAAAUUACAUCAAGCUUCCAUCAAUUAAAUAGAGCAAAUUGAUGUUAACAAAAAAUACAUCUACAAUUAACCCCUACUAAGAUGACUCUGGUUAAAAUUAUACAACCCUAGAUUAAAGAAAUAGAUCUCUUGACUAGCGAAAUAGCUAGGAAUCAUAUGGUUUGAAUCUUAACUUCAAUAGUUAUAACCCUUUAGUCCACAGUCAUCAGAGAGUAAUAUCUUCCUCAGUUAUUCAUUCUUUGGAUUAUAACAGACUUAAAAAAGAUAUUUCAACACUAUUUGAUGUUAUGGAGCAUGAUAAAUCGUCAUUCAAAGAAUUUCAAUAGGUACUAAGUGAGGAGGCCUAGCAUAGCCAGUCAAAAUACAGAUAUGAAUUCGAUAGAAGAAAUGAACGUCUUAGAGAAUUGAAAAGAGAAAGAAGGGUCAAAGAUAAAAUAAAACUUGAUAAAGAUCUUGAAAUGAUGAUCGUAAAUUUACCAAGGGCGAGUUAAGCGUGUCGAAUGGAAUAACUUAUGACUACUAAAUGUCUGGCUGAAAUGCCUUAGCACUAUAAAAUAAGAUCUUAUUUUGAAAACAAUGAUGGAGCGAAGAGAAGGUUAGAGUAGAUUUUAAGAAAAUGA